UGCAGGAUGUCAGGGAUGCAUACGCAUGGAGUACCCUUCUACAGUAUUAUGCUGCAAAGCGGCGACUGCUGACUCUUAAUACAAAAGACUGCGGGAAAUGUAUACUGACCGCGUCACAUCUCUUCGCCGCCGGCCGCCGCACCGGCGAAAUGGACCCGGUCAGGCGGAACGGUCCAUGGCCGUGCCCUGCACAUCUGCUGAUCUGCUGCUAUAUAAACGCACGACGCCCGUGGCUUUCAGCAAAGCCACCUGCGACAGCAACAUCUACUCAACAAGCUCUCUCUCCGUGUCUCCGUGUUACUGCUGGUAGCAAUAGCAAGUAGUAGCAUAGCAGAAAGCCAGCAACCAUGGGAAGGGCUCCCGCUCCGGCCAACGUCCACGAGAUCUGCCGCGCACGGCGUGCCGACGGCCCCGCGGCCGUGCUCGCCAUCGGCACCGCCAACCCGGGCAACUGCGUGCUCCAGGAAGACUUCCCCGACUUCUACUUCCGCGCCACCAAGAGCGAGCACCUCACUGGCCUCAAAGAAAAGUUCAAGAGAGUUUGCCAGAAACUGGGCGUGCAGAGGCGCUACCUGCACCACACCGAGGAGCUCCUGAGCGCGCACCCGGAGUUCCUCGACCACAUCUUCUCGCCGUCCCUCGACGAGCGGCUGGACAUCGUUAAGACCGCGGUGCCGGAGCUCGCCGCGGAGGCCUCCCGGAAGGCCAUCGCCGAGUGGGGCCGCCCGGCCGCCGACAUCACGCACCUCGUCGUCACCACCAACUCCGGCGCGCACAUCCCGGGCGUCGACUUCCAGCUGGUCCCGCUCCUGGGCCUCCGCCCGACCGUGCGCCGCACCAUGCUCUACCUCAACGGCUGCUUCGCUGGCGCCGCCGCGCUGCGCGUCGCCAAGGACCUCGCCGAGAACAACCGCGGCGCGCGCGUGCUCGUCGUCUGCGCCGAGCUCACCGUCCUGAUGUUCACCAGGCCCGCUGAGGGGCCCUUCCAGUUCCAGACGCUCAUCAACCAGGGCCUGUUCGGCGACGGCGCGGGGGCCGUCAUCGUCGGCGCCGACCCCGUGGCGACCCCCGCCGAGCGACCGCUGUUCGAGAUCGUGUCCGCCGCGCAGAACAUCAUACCGGAGUCCGAGGACGCCGUCUCCAUGCACCUCACGAAAGGCGGCUUCGGCGGCAACAUCUCCGCCAGGCAGGUCCCCACGCUCAUCGGGGACAACAUCGAGCGCUGCCUCCUGGACGCGUUCGAGCCGCUCGGCAUUGGCGCCGGAUGGAACGACCUGUUCUGGGAUGUGCACCCGGGCUCGUCGGCGAUCCUGGACCAGAUCGACGCCGUGCUCCAGCUCAAGCCCGAGAAGAUGGCGGCGAGCAGACGCGUCCUGAGCGACUACGGGAACAUGUUCGGCGUCACGGUGAUCUUCGUGCUUGACGAGCUGCGGCGCCGGAUGGAGAAGGGGGAAGAGGAGGGGGCGCCGGAGUGGGGGGUCAUGGUGGCGUUCGGACCCGGGCUCACCGUUGAAACGAUGGUGCUGCACCGGUGCGUGGCGCAGGCCACAGGCGCCACAGCAGAGGAGAAACUGACUGUGGCUUGAGAACGUGGCGCAGUGACCAAAGUAUUUGUGUUGGGUUUGGAUCAGGCUUCCAUGCAUGUUGCUUGGUCAACAUUUCGUUCCUGCCAGUGUAAAGUAUUGUGCAAAUAAAGACUUUGCUUGUGUUGA